AUGCGGUUUUCAAACAUCCGCUUAGCACCCACGUUGUCAAAGGCAACCCGCCUUCAACUUGGGAAUAUCAAAACUGAAUAUGGUUACGUAUCGACAGCAGCAGGCUCUCAGGAAAAGUGGGGGUUCAUCUUCAAGGUGCGAAGAUAUCCACUGAUCAGCUGUGGUUAUACUAUAUCACUGGUGUGUAUUGCUAUUGGUGUGGUUGGAACGUACCAACAGUACCGCGAUAUGGUUAUUAUGACAGAACAUAUUUCAUAUGAGGAUAUCAAGGAUCGUUGUCUUACCCCAAUUCCGGGAUGGGCGCGCAUACGAAAUGUACAGAUAGCUAGCCCUCUUGGGCCAAUGACAUACCGUGAUCCUACUCCGCUCGAUUGGCUUCCGUUUGAGCUGAAGCUUGGCUACGUAAAACAGGCUUCAUACUAG